AUGCUGUUGUUCGGCGCCUUGAUGCUCCUCGGUUUAGCAAGUCAGGCUGUGGCGCAUCCUGCUCAAGCAACACGGCAACUCAGCAAGAGAACGCAGCUACUCAACAGCUAUCGUUUCAACACAGUGUCUUCUUACAUCGCAGUUGAUGGUGCGACCUUCCCCGAGCCGAAAGCUACCACCGAAAGAAGACACAAACGCGCUGAUUACAUUGAAAUUGCGACGCUCAAACUCCGAGAAACUGUACCCCAAGCCGAAUUUCGGCUGGUGGACGACUCCUACGUUGGAAGCAACGGCGUGGCGCAUGUGCAUUUUCAACAAACCGUGGAUGGCAUUGACGUGGACAAUGCACAAUUUAAUGUGAAUUUGGCAUACGUUCAAGUCAACGGUUCCGUUGCGCUGGCAUGGAGAGUUGAGACCGACAUUGGGACUAACUGGCUCCACACGUACAUUGAUGCCACAACUGGUAAAGACAUCAGCGGUGUGGUUGACUACACAAAUACGGCUACGUAUGAGGUCUAUCCGUGGGGGGCCAUGAGCCCAGAUGAAUCAACGAGGCAAUCCGUUGCCAACCCGGAAGACACGGCUACUUCGCCCUUUGGCUGGCAUUCCGAUAAUACUCAAGAAUACACAAUACUCCACGGCAACAACGCCUUCGUCACCAUUUCAUCAGGCAACAACCCCAGCUCUCCUUCCCUGCUAUUUUCGUACCCCUACUCGCCAGCCACGACGGAUCCAGCAUCAUACGUAGAGGCAUCGGCCACCCAGGGAUUCUACAUCGUGAACAAAUUCCAUGAUAUCCUCUACAAGCUGGGCUUUGACGAAGAUGCUGGAAAUUUUCAAGCAAACAACAACGGCAAAGGUGGUGCUAGCGGUGACCCGCUCGAGCUUAUUGUGCAAGCAUCAGGAGGCUCAGCGCAGAUCUACGUGCCAGCUGAUGGAAGGAGUCCUCGCUUGUCAAUGGGUGUAUGGUCGGGUACACCUCGGCGCGACAGCAUGUUCGAUGCGACAAUUCUUUUGCACGAGUACAUGCACGGAGUUACAGGGCGUCUUGUGGGUGGUCCGGCUACCUCGGGUUGUCUUUCCGACAUGAACGGGCUUUCAAUCAACGAGGGAUACUCUGACUUCGUACCUACCCUCUUGCGCGUCAAGGAGGGUGAUACUAGGAGCAUGGAUUACACAAUCGCAGAUUGGGCAACCGGUCAGCCUAUUGGGCUAAGGUCUCACUAUGUCUCGACCAGUCUGGAGACGACGCCGCUGACAUAUUCGUCUUUGAACGAUCUGGUCAGCACGGGAGGCUUUGAUUUGGCUACUGUUUGGGCUUCGGUGCUGUACGAUGUUUUCUGGAACAUGGUGGACACCUAUGGAAUUGGAGACCCUAUGAUGGCUUCUGAAAUUCGAAUUCGUCUCGCUAAGUCUUCGGACGCUGACGCAAUCGGCAAGGUUCACAAUGAGGCCCUCAACCAGUUCCACGAGUUUUACCAAGCCUUUUAUGAGCAUCCGAUCGAGCAGAUAAUCCUAGUAAACACAAGGAGCGUGGUGCAAACCCCCAAAAACCAAUUCUACGUAGCGGUAGAUGAGUCGGACACUGUGGUCGGUUUCAUCAGGUACCACGUCGUGGAUGCGACGGGGCCAAGCGAUGCAACCACAACGGUGGAAGCGCACGAAACUCCCGCAGUCACAACUCCAGCUUCAAAUCUGUUCGCCGUCAAGGACCACAUGAAGGAGCUAUGGGAACGCUUUGGUCACCCUAGAGAGGACGAGAUGGAUGUGUGCUAUGAGAAGGCUGUGGACGGGAGAAAGCACAACUAUAUUAAGCAUAUCAUGGUUGACCCAAAAUAUCAGCGGAAGGGUAUCGGGGCCAAGCUUUUGCGAACGGUGACUGAUAUCAGUGAUGCUGAGAGAGUUCCAACUUUCCUUGUGGCAUCAGCAGAAGGCUAUGGUCUCUACAAGAGGCUUGGGUUUGAGGAUCUAGAAACUUGGACAAUUGACAACGGACGCUGGGCGAAGGAGAUAGUCCAGCAUGAACAUGAACUUGGUCUCACUGGGAAUGAGACGCUGAUUGAACGGUUCGCCGGCACACAAGAGGUUGAAAAGUACAUGAUGAGGUGGGAGACGAGGGAAUGA